AUGUCCGAAUGGGAGCUUCACAGGCCGGGUGCCGUCGGCUUGGAUGGUAGACCGCACGAGAGGUCCAAUCCCCAGGUGGUCCAGAGACUGCGCGAAAUCCUGGAACCCACCCGCUCAACGACUGAGCACGAACUCGAAUUCCAAUCCGAUGAAGAUACCACAUGGUUUGCAGCUGGGCGGGACUCAACCAAUCAACCCAUACUGCAAGACUAUGGACGAUUCGCCACGUUGAUGAGCGAUAAUCAAACCCCAGACAAUGGGAAUCGGUACCCUCAGCUUGUGUCGUUCAUUGGGCAAACAGGGCCCCGUAAGAGCACAUUGAUCAAGAUGCUGAUUGAUAGGUUUGCCAUGCUUGACCGCGGGGCAAAGUAUCCGUCGCCUGUUACUUCAUCUAAUAACGACCGCGUUCCGACAACUAGCGAUGUCCACCUCUAUGCCGAUCCGAUAUCUUACAACACUCAAGCACCUGUACUAUAUGCUGAUUUUGAGGGUUUGGAUGGCGGGGAAGCUGUACCAGCAGGUCUGCGCCAUCGCACAAAGGGAAAGGAGGCUCUAGGGAUCCUCAGCGAUGUCACGAAUGUCAUGGGCAAGACUGGUCUAGGUAAAUCGCCAAAGCCAUCAACUGCUAGUCGUUCUUCUGGUGUGAUUAAUACAUCCUCGAAGUGGAAGUUCGGAGAAUCGCGCUACGCAUCUCAACGGGACCUCGAAUGGGCAAUAACAACAGAAACGAAGAAGAGAGAAUACGUAGUCACACAAGUCUAUGCCAGACUGCUCUACACCUUCUCAAACGUGGUUGUUUUCGUGCUGAGAAACCCCAGGGUUUUCAAAUCCACUGUCCUUGACAAACUUCUGGAAUGGGGAUCGGCUUCGAUCGACAAAUCGCUGAACCAGCCCGCUCUCUCCCACGCAGUCAUUGUCCUCAAUACGACGGACAAUGUUGGAGCGAUUUUCCGUGAACCUCGAUUCGAAGAGCAAGCCAGGCUUUGGCAGGACAUCGGUCGAACCAUUAACACUACCAAAGACUGCAUCGACUGCUACUAUGCUUUGAUCUCCGUCAUUCGAGUUCCGUCUCGCGGUCGUUACAUGCUCAUGGACGAUCAGAUGGAGAAGUUAUUUGAGCUGAUCAACAAAAGAUGCCAAGUGUCUCUACUAACCAAGAAGCAUGUUCGAAUGCUCGCAACUGCGGACAAGUUACAGGUCGACCUCCACGUAGCUUACGAUCACUUUUCUCGCGACCUAGAUACCCCUUUUGACUUUGUCAAGGAAGCACUUAAGCACAAUCCCAUUCCACAGGACUUCAGUGGCAACAUCUUGAACUUGGCGAUCUAA